GACCCAGUUUUGUCGGUUCGGUUCACCAUGCUGGACGAGGGAGGACACGUUCUUUUGGCGCUGACGGUGGCGUCUCUGGCGCGAUGGCUGACCUCUAUGUGGUCGAGCCGGGUCAGGCGGGGACAGUUUGUGAGGGUGGGGAAGGUGUCGGAACUGAACCUUUACCCGGUGAAGUCUUGUCCGGGGAUUCCUCUACAGAGUGCUAGGGCAGAGAGCGCUGGAUUGGUUUCAGAAGGAUUAUACGACAGACAGUGGAUGCUGGUGAGGGCAAAUGGGGAUUUCCUCAGUCAACGUCAAUACUCCAAAAUGGCCCUCGUCCGCGUGUCUAAUCACCAUGACAACAUUCACCUAGACGCCCCGGGACAGCCCACUUUGGUUUUGCCGAAAAAUCCACCUGUGGACCAGAGCAGGUUGAUGAUGACAAGAGUGUGGGGACUCAAGGUUUUGGGGAUGGACUGCGGGGACGAGGCUGCGCGCUGGUUCCAGACCUUCCUGCAGGCGGAGGGCGUUAGAUUGGUCGUAUCCUCCGGACCCAUGCCGAAGAAGGAUUCCUCUAAAAUGUUGAAACCGUGGGGAAACCCCGCCCAGCCGGGCGAUCUGGCACUGUUCUCCGACUGUGGUGGUUAUCUGGUGAUGAACGACGCCUCGCUGGAAGAUCUUAAUGGCCGUCUACAGAACAAGGUCACCUUCAAAAGUUUCAGACCAAACAUUGUCGUGUCUGGGUCCCAAGCUUUUGCCGAGGACUGUUGGGAAGAAAUACGAAUUGGUGAAACAAACCCGCUAUAUUUCCGAAUGUUGGACCCUUGUACCAGGUGUAUUCUAACAACAGUCAACCCUGACACAGGAGAAAGAAACAAAGACAGACAACCAUUGGAAACCCUCAAAAAAUUCCGUUGCAUGCCUCCAUAUGGGGAUGACCCAAUAUUUGGAGUGAAUGCUGCUCUGGAUAAUAAUGGAACCAUACAGAUUGGGGAUCCUGUAUAUGCUCUCCUGAAAUGACAAAAACUAAAGGCCCAAAACAAAUGACUAAAAUAAGAAAUGAUUCAGGCGAAGCAAUCCCCUUGAAUAAUCCUGUUGAAAUUAAUACCUCAGUUGAAUAUAUAUGCCAAAAAAGAAAUCAAAUGAAUUCACUGAAUGGGAUGAUAUAUUCAAUUAAAAAAAAAAUACAGGAAUUCAAGGCUAACAUAAUGAAAAUAAGUACAUAUACAUGUAGCAAUAUGUACAAUUGUGUAGCAACAGAGACUUGUGUAACAAAUACAUCAUUUGACUGUCACAUACCAAUGUACAUACUGGUAUAUAUGAAUAUACAUGUAAAAAGCAGUAUGACAAUCAAUGUAAAAAUAAAUCUAAACAAAUGCUUUAUCCAGAUUCUGUGUUUAUACUGUUUAAUUAAACAGAUAUCUCAAAAUCAUUUGGGAAUCUGAUGCAACAUUGUGUUUACAAAUCACUCAUAAGACAAGUUUUGAAUAAUUAACAAAAAUAUUUACCGAAAUGACCGUCAUGGACAAGACUUUUCACCUCACCAAAAAAUCCCCGUGUUCUAGGUGUCUUUCAUUGACAAGGACUGUCCAUUCUUAGCCACAUUUCAAAUUGUAUUGCAUAAAAUAAACAUGGUCUAUACCAGUUUUAACCAGCUUCAUGUCUGUAUUUUAUUUCAUUAAGAUUUAGAUAUUGUCAGAAAAUUUUUUAGUUGCACAAUAAAACAAACAAAUUGCCAAACUUUUAAAACAACUUUAUUGGUACUUUAACACACAACAUAACACUGGUCCUUGUCACAUGUAUGAUAGAUUUGGAAGAACCUUAUAACAUGCUUUCUGCAUUGUUAAAGCUGUCAGAUAAAAAUAGUAUAUAUAUCAACAGGUGUAAAAAUGACGGUCUAAAAUCCAAAGGCUCUGAUAAAAUAAAGUAAAACGCCAACAUAAAAACUAUAAAAUCGUGAAAUAAAAAGUGUCCAGUGCUGCAAACACUUAAUAAACACAUGGUAGUCGUCUGCUUUGUACAAAAUGUAUGAACUGUAGAUCGGGAUGUUUGAAGAGAUGACAAAAUAAAGACCAUAUCAACUGAAAUACAUAAACUUUUCUUACAACAUAAAAUACAAUAGAACAUUAUAC